GGCACAGCCGCCGCCUUGUCUGCCUCUGCCCCCAGUCCGCCCCACCGAGAGAGACACGCAAGCAGAUGCUUGGGGCUCCGCGCGCUCCCCUUUGUCUCUAGCGAGCAUCAUGUUGGCUUCCAGCGGCCUCAGCGCCGGCCAGACCUGCGGCCUGGUGCUCAUCUUCUCGCUGCUCCUGCAGUCCAUAUGCGUGGCUAUUACCUUCCUUUAUUUCUCAAACGAGCUGCAACAGCUUCGAGAUACUUACUCCAAGAACGGCUAUGCUUGCCUUACCAGAGAAAACUUUUCCCUGGAAGACUUUGAUGAUUCCAGUUACAAUGAAGAGGCCGCCCCCUGCUGGCAAGUCAAGUUGCAGCUCUUGCGUUUAAUAAAAAAGAUGAUAGCCAGGAACCAAGCAGAAGCGGCAGCCUCCGCGGUCCAAGGUGAUGCUUCUGCUGUAGAUUCUACUGUGAAUCAGAGUGUUGUCCCCAGAACGGCAGCUCACUUGACUGGAAGCAGAAUUGGGAAAAGUGUUUCGACCACACAGAAUUCCUCAAGCAGAAGCCGUUUUGGGGUCAAAAUCAGCAUGUGGCAGACAGCCAGCAGGCCUCAUUCUUUCCUCCACAAUGUAGGCUUGUUGGACGGGGAGCUGAUUAUACUGCAAGCGGGCUACUACUACAUUUACUCCCAAAUAUAUUUCCGGUUCCGCGAAGAGGAGGGUGUCGAACGCCGUUCCGACCCUGACUCUGACAGCGUCAGGAACUCCAGGCAAAUGGUUCAGUACAUUUCCAAGCGCGUUGAUACUUACCCAGACCCGAUUCUGCUGAUGAAAAGCGCAAGAACUAGCUGUUGGGCGAAAAGGGCAGAAUACGGACUUUACUCCAUCUACCAAGGGGGAGUGUUCCAGCUAAAGAUGAACGAUCGGAUUUUUGUCUCUAUCAGUGAUAUGACGCUCGUGGACAUGGAUAAAGAAGCAACUUUCUUUGGAGCUUUCCUGGUCUCUUAAAAAAAAAAAAAGCGGGGAAGACAACAGACUGAAUCGAAAACGCCUUAA